AUGAGCGCCCUGGCCCCUCAGCACCCGCCGCCGCCGCAGCAGCAGUUCCGGGCCGGGCAGCAGGACGGACCGCGCCGGCCCAGCGCCUUCCGCAAGUUCGUCGGCCGCCUGCGCUCCGGAAGCCUCAGCAAAUCGAACCACAAGGGCAGCCUGAUUCCCGACGACGACGAUGGGCAGGAAGACGGCCAUGGUCUGGACGGCCUCAACAGCGGCGGCGGCGGCAAUGUGAACAACAACAGCAAUGAGGGUCCAUCAUCGCGCGCGCCAUCCUCCUCCUCGCCGCCGCUUGCCCUCGCCCCCUCGCCCCCCAUGUCCCCCGAGCCCGCCGCCCGCACCCGGAAGCGCGGCUCCAUCACCCACUCGGCCGCCGCCUGGACCGCCAAGAUGCGCGGCGCCGGUAUCGGCGGCGUCGGCAACGGUGCGCCCGGAAACAGCAGCGGCCGCCGCGAUUCCAACGCCUCCGCCGCUGCUCCGCCGCCCCCCGCGGGCCCGCCCGGCAUUGCCCAGGACCUGUGGAACGAGGCCUACAACGCCCUGCGCGACGGCGACGCCACCGCUCGCCUGACGUCGACGUACGAGUCCAUUGUCUCCCGCGAGGUGCCCAAGUACCUCAAACUCGGCGGCAACGCCUCCCUCAGCGGCCAGUCCGACCACGAGCGCGCCGAGCUCUUCUCCGCCGUUGCCAAGGCCGGCAUGCAGAAGCGCCGCGCGUCCCAGGUCGGCCUCGAGGACGAAGACGACGACCACACAGCCCGCGACAUGCUCGUCGCCACAAAGAGCGCCGUUGAGACUGUGUUGCCCGAAUUUCCCAUCGCCGGGCUUGCCUGGGCCGGUCUGUGCAUCAUGACGCCGUCCCUGCUCGACCCCGUCAUCGAGCGUAACGACAUGCGCGGCGGCCUCAUCCACAUUCUUGGCCGUGUCUCGUGGUACAUGCAGCUGGCGCAGCUGCUCGAGGCCAAGAGCUGGACCGACGAGCGCCUCUUCGCCGACCGCCAACCGCAGUCCCGCGGCGCCCUCGUCGGCCUCUUCCGCAAUGUCCUCGAACUCGAGAUGAACUGCGUCUGCGCCUCGGCCUGCGAAACAAACGCCGCCGCCAGGGAUGUCGUCAGCUGGAACGACAUCCGCGGCCUCCUCCGCGACAUCAUGCGCGCCGACGAGGGCGUCGUCGACAUGGUCAUGCAGCACUGUGUCGACCCCGUCAAGGAGGAGCUUCUGGGGCUUGAUAAUGACUUUAAGCCGCCCGAGGAGGGUCAGAAUGAUCAGGACGCGGCCGAGGAGGAGCAGCUGCCCCAGGUUCCGGAGUGA